UUUUCCGUGCCAACUCAUUCAACAUGGCGGGCGGCAAGAAACUCACAAAAGAAGACGAAAUUUUGCUGCAAAAUUUCAGCAGAACCGUUUCAACUAAAUCUUCAGCAUUAUUCUAUGCCAAUGCAUUCUUCGUCUCAGCCAUUCCUCUCUGGUUGUUUUGGAGGAUUCACCAAAUGGAUCCUUAUUCAUCUGGCAUCAUGUUCGUCGUUAUGACUCUCGCCAGUACGUGGCUAGUGGCUUUUGCCUACAAGAACGUGAAGUUUCAGUUGAAACAUAAGAUUGCCCAACGAAGAGAUGCCUCAGUUACCAAAGAAGUCAGCAUGGAGCUGGAUUCUAAUAAGAAGCUGACCCGCCAAGAAAAGGAUGAAAGAAUCCUUUGGAAAAAGAACAAGGUUGCUGAAACUGAAGCCAUUACCUUCUCCAUAUUUUACAACAAUGCCUUGUACCUGUUUUUGGUCCUGAUAGCUUCAUUUUAUGUUCUGCGGACAUUUAAUCCUGCUGCAAACUACCUACUCUCCACAUCCAUAGCUGGUGGUGUCCUUGCUCUGCUGUCUACUGGAUCAUCCUCCUAAGAAACAGAUGGAUUAUUGUGGCUCAGCUGAUUUCCAUUUAUUAAUUUGAAUAAAUGUUUAGUUACCCCA